CGAGACAAAGAUGGCGGCAACGGCGGGGGAAGCGGCGUGAUAUGCAAGAAGGAGAACACAACCGAAUUAUUAUUAACACUAUCAGUCUAGCGUUCGAGAAAAUGGAAACUAUGUUACAGUAGGACGGUCCGUUUGUAGGAAUAAUUCAGAUAUACAUCCCAGCAUUUCCCCCGUCAAAGGGAACGUUAAUUUUCUUUUUUUGAUUGAAAAAAAGAAAAGAAACUAACCGGGAGCAGCAUGGCUUCACACAGUAACCAGUACAUCUUUGGGGAGUUCAGCCCUGACGAGUUCAACCAGUUCUUCGUUACUCCCCGCUGUUAUGUUGAGCUUCCCCCAUUCAACGACAAGGUAUCCUCUGUCAACCAGUCCGCAGGAAGUCACUGCACCUCUGCUGUGCCAUUCUAUUCCGAAACAAUGAGACGGCAGGUUUGCGGGGACGAGUACCAGCGCAUUGAGUUUGGCGUGGGCGAGGUGAUGGGCCCGGAGCCCGUCCGGGUGAAGGAGUCCCUGCAGAGGGUGUCCAGCACGCUGAACCCCCAGGCUCCCGAGUUCAUCCUGGGCUGCCAGCCCUCCCAGAAGGUUCUGCCGGGCCUGCAGGUGUCCGACGCCCCCGACGGCGCCGACUUCAACUCCGUGGGCUGCCCGGACUCGGAUCUCCCUCUGCUGGACGGCGGGCGGGCGUGCCCGGAUCUGGAGGGCGUGCCGGGCAGCCUGGGGCAGCGAGAGCGGAAAAAGAAGAAAAAACGGCCGCCGGGGUACUACAACUACCUAGAGGGCCCCGGCAGCGGCGGCGGCUCGUCUGUCGCCCACGGCGAUGCACCGCUGGGGGCGGGGCUGGUGAACGGACACGUGCCCAGCGCCCCAGGGCUCGGCUCAGAGUCGGACAUGCCCGGGGACUCUGUGCCGGGGGCCCAGGUUUCCAGGUGUACCCCAGGAGACGACACCCCGGCCUCCCUCACGGCGAGCACGGCGGCCGCCGGCAACCAGAGGACUUGCGAGAGCCCCGAGGAGUCCUCUUUGGACUUCACCAGCGGGGCCGCCUCUUUAUCAGACAGUAACAACGCGGCCUCCUCGUCGUCCUCCUCCUCUUCCUCCUCUUCCUCCUCCUCCUCGUCCUCUCACAGCAGCGGGGUGGCGGAGGGGGGCAGGACAGCAGAGCAGCCGCCAGAGCCCCCGGGCCUGGAGGGCCCCGAACUGCUGGGGGGUGGGGGAGGGAGCGAGAGGCACAGCCCCAGCCCAACCUCCGCUCCUCCUCCUCCUUCUCCUCCUCCUCCCUCAUCGACACCCGCUGCUCCCCUUGCCCCCGCCGGCCCCUCUGCCGCUCCCUCGGGGCCCGAUGGGGCCCCAACCACUGCUACUACUGAUGAGGAGGAGGAUGGGGGGGGCGCCGGGGUGUCCAACGGGCCCGCGGAGCUCGACACCGACGAACAGAAGGACUCCUCUGAGAGCGGGGAGCCACAGUCGCGGCCGCCGCCCCCCGUGGCCCCCGCCUCCCCGAACCCUGAGGCCCAGCCCGCGGCGGAGCAGGCCCAGACGCCCGCUCCCCCGGCUCCCCCCGGGGCCCCCGCAGCCAGCGCGCCCAAGUCCUGGGCCAGCCUGUUUCACAACUCCAAGCCCCUACCCGGGGGCCCGCAGGCCUACGUGGAAGUAAAAAACGUUCCGGCUGCCGUCACCGCGGCCCCGGCCGCGCCCCAGACGCCAGAGCUGGCGGAAGAUGCCAAGGAAGGCCCUGUGCCUGUGUCCGAGGACCCCAUGGCCCCCAAGCUGGCAGAAACAAUUGAGAAUGUGAAGCUGAUUCACAAACCGGUGUCUUUGCAACCGAGAGGACUGAUCAACAAGGGAAACUGGUGCUAUAUCAACGCUACCCUGCAGGCUCUGGUUGCCUGCCCCCCCAUGUAUCACCUGAUGAAGUCCAUUCCCAUGCUGAGUGAGACGCAGCGGCCGUGCUCCUCCACGCCCAUGAUCGACAACUUUGUUAGGCUUGUGAAUGAAUUCAGCAACAUGCCUGUACCGUCAAAGGCCAAACAACAAGCUGCCGGGGACAAAGUGAUGAAAGACAUCCGACCAGGAGUUCCAUUUGAACCCAACUACAUUUACAGACUUCUCACUAUCAUCAGGUCCAGUCUCUCAGAGAAGGUAAACCAAGUCGCCCCUCUCGGCCGGCAGGAGGACGCCGAGGAGUACCUGGGAUUCAUCCUCAACGGACUGCACGAGGAAAUGCUGGCGCUGAAGAAGCUCAUCUCCCCGCAGGACGAGAAGGCCUCCACACUAAACGGACCCGAGCCCCAGCCAGGCGCCGAGGAGGACGCGGGUGAGAAGGAGGACGACGGCAGCGAUGACGAAUGGGAACAGGUCGGCCCCCGAAACAAGACCUCCGUCACCAGACAAGCAGACUUCGUCCGCACCCCCAUCACUGACAUAUUUGGAGGACACAUCAGGUCGGUGGUGUACCAGCACAGCUCCAAGGAGUCGGCCACGCUGCAGCCCUUCUUCACCCUGCAGCUGGACAUCCAAUCGGAGAAGAUCCGCACUGUCCAGGAGGCGCUGGAGGCCCUUGUGGCGCGGGAGUCCGUUCAGGGGUACACCACCAAAACCAAGCAGGAGAUCGAGAUCAGCCGCAGAGUCACUCUCGAAGAGCUCCCGCCCGUGCUGGUGCUUCACCUCAAGAGAUUUGUCUUUGAGAAGACCGGAGGGUGUCAGAAGCUGAUCAAGAAUAUUGAUUACCCCGUAGACCUGGAAAUCAGCAAAGAUCUCCUGUCUCCAGGGGUGAGGAGUAAAAUUUUCAAAGGCCAAAGAACCUACAGGCUCUUUGCAGUUGUGUAUCACCAUGGGAACAGCGCUACCGGCGGCCAUUACACCACGGACGUCUUCCAUAUUGGUCUGAACGGGUGGCUGCGCAUUGACGACCAGGCGGUGAAGGUCAUCAGCCAGUACCAUGUGAUGAAGCAGACCGCGGAGCGCACCGCCUACCUGCUGUACUACCGCCGCGUCGACCUGCUGUAGAGACAACACUCACCACCUUCUCAACAAGAACACUGCCCAACUCCUUCUCUUGCAAGGUUUUCCUCUUCCUGUCCCCCUGCCCUUUACCCCGCCCCCCCCACACCACAGCCCCGCCCCUGUCCCCCUGCCCCGCCCCCUUU